UACAUUUCCAACAAAUGAAAGAAGUCAUUUUCUUCGAUGAAGGAAAGGCUUCAGUGUCUUCAUUUAUUCUGUGCUUUCUAUAUUAUUUUAAUAAUUGUAUUUAUUAAUCUUAAAAUAAAAGUUGUUUUUGUCUCUCCCUCCCCCGUAUCAGCGAUGGCGAAAAUAUGGCCAACCCAUGUGCAAAGGCGCCAGCUUUUAGAAGUAUUUAGUACAGAAAGCACUGCCGUUUUGUCUACUUGAUAAAAAAAAUUUUCACUGCUCAAUCUGUUAUAUAAAUGGUUUUGGACGAUGCCGAUUACUUUGGGUAGAAACAAUACUUAUCCUAUCGAACGCUCCAAGUUCAUGCAGUGCGUGUCAAUCCACAAGUCGCCGGAGGCCACAGCUAUUGUAGGUGAUAGGCGGUUUCCGGUGGUGGAGAGAGAGAGAAAGGAAGACGAGGAGUCUAGCAGCUCGUCAUCAUCAAUCGGGAAGAAUAGUGAUGUUAGUGGGGGUUCAUCGGACAGUGAAGAUUCAAAUGAAAUUCAGAGCUUGUUUAAGGGAACCUUGGAUAAUCUGGAUUCUUUAGAGGAAGUUCUGCCCAUCAAUUGGAAGUAAAUGGGAUUCUUGUUUCUCGACGAGGAUUAGGGAUGGGGAUGAUUGCUAGAUAGGAGACGCAUAUCCAACUUCUAUACUGGCAAAUCAAAGUCUUUCACAAGCCUAUCAGACGCCUCCUCUGCUUCUUCAAUUAGAGACCUUGCAAAGCCAGAGAAUCCCUACAGUAGGAAACACAAGAAGUUAUUAGCUCAUAGCAAUUUCUUGGAUAAGAAUCACAAUCUCCAUUUCAGAAGUGGGUUAUCAAAGAAAUCAGCAAACUUUCGUUGAAGUGCUUUGGUUCUUGAGGUGUCAAUUAACAGCUCCAAGGGCAUUACACAUGAAUGCUAUGACUCAGUUUCAUUAUCAUAUUCUUGUUAUCUGCCUCCUCUACAUCCUCAAGUUAAAAGGUUACUGGGCAACAAAUCAUCAUCCUCACCUCCUUGGCUAAACUCUCCUGGGCGAUCUUUCUCUCUGUCUGAUCUUCAAAGUGUUGCCGGUUCAAGUCCUAACAUAAUUGACUUGGAAGUUCAUGGUGGAGACAUGGACGGCAAAUAAUGCUUUUCAACCUCAUUGUUGGAAGAUGGUUUGUGGUGUUAAAGACAGCUUCCUGCUUUGAUAGCGUUAUGUUGCCCAUUGUACUUGUUGCUUCUAGGUGUUCUAUGAAUGGGCAUUUGGCCAACAUAAUAUAGUUGUAUUCUAUAAUUUUGAUUUGGCUUUGGCUUUUAGAUUCACUGUAUUAUACCAGAAUUCUAAAUAUAUAUUUUCUUCUUCCUAGCUUUGGCUGGCCUUUUUGUCAUAGCCUCUAUACUAUAAACUUUUACCAUAAUUAAUAGAAGUAACCAGUUGCAUUAUAUCAUUGUCUUCCUUCUGUCUCAUUCUAUCCUCUACUCACUGAAAUUUUUAUUGUUACUGGUAUUUUCAUUUAUGGCAGUUUAACUAUAAUUGCCCAAAUUUGCAGAGCCUCUUUCCUAUGCGAUCUCUUCCUUGCACCUUUCCUGUUGUCCUUGCUGUGUUGAGGUUGAUGGGUAAUUCUAUUGAAAACAGCAAUGGAAUCCUAUGCACUCAUUAUUUCUGUGCAUGUUUGAUUACAGAUGCUGAAGCAUUAUGGCUUGAAGCUGCUGACUUCUCUAGUCUAAGAUGCUUUCACAACACUCUAAUUUACUUUUCACCAAUUAUUUGAUUAACUGCUCUCAGCAUGGAGGAUUUGUGGCUUUGGCCAUAGCUAAUGAAGUUCCUGAGAGUCUAGCCAUAUGGAACAUGAGUUUGGGGUAUGCAAGUAAGUUCCUCAUAAUUUGUAGUCAUAUUUUAUCUUGAGAAACAUUUUGAAUGAUUAGUAGACAAAAUUCUAGAUUAUCUGGAAACGAACAGGUGAUGAUUGCACUAUAUGAUUGAUUUCAUUAAAUAGUCAACUAAUAAUUUUUCUUGCAGCAACUGAUCUCAAAAUUAAAUAAAGUGCAAAAAUUUAUACUGCUUGUGGUUAUAGGGACACUUAUGGAUUAUGCCAUUUAAUUAUAUUCAAACAGAAAUUUGUCGUAUUCAAGUAUCAUCUAUUAGUUUAAAGUUUUGAUAUAGUAAUAAUAAGUGAGUUAACUACUAGCAGAUAUGUAAGUCUGAGAUAUGCAGUUACUUUGAUUUGCCCUUAAGAUCAAACCAAUAAAAUGGAUAAAUAAACUGUUCGAUACUUAAGUUUCUUCAAAUGUUUCACAGCUCCUGGAUAGAAGAGUACAAACUAAAACUUUACUCACUACUAUAUGAUCUUCACAGUGACUGAUCUCAAGAAUAAAUAAAGUGCUAAUAUUUAAAUUGCUUGCGGUUGUAGGGACAGGUAUGGAUUAUGCCAUUUAAUUAUAUUCAAACAGAAAUUUGUCGUAUUCGAGUAUCAUUGAUUAGUUUUAAGUUUUGAUAUGGUAAUAAAUCAGUGGGUUAAGUAGUAGCGGAUACGUAAGUCUGAGAUAUGCAGUUAAUGUGGUUUGCCCUUAAGAUCAAACCGAUAAAAUGGAUAAAUAAACUGUUCAAUACUUAACUUCCUUCAAAUGUUUCACAGCUCCUGGAUAGAAGAAUACAAACUAAAACUUUAUUCGCUACUAUAUGAGCUUCACAGUGACCGAUCUCAAGAAUAAAUAAAGUGCCGAUAUUUAUACUGCUUGUGGUUAUAGGGACAGGUAUGAAUUAUGCCAUUUAAUUAUAUUCAAACAGAAAUUUGUCGUACUUGAGUAUCAUUGAUUAGUUUUCAGUUUUGAUAUAGUAAUAAAUCAGUGAGUUAAUUAGUAGCAGAUACAUAAGUCUGAGAUAUGCAGUUAAUUUGAUUUGCCUUUUGGAUCGAACCAAUAAAAUGGAUAAAUAAAUUGUUUGAUACUUAACUUCCUUCAAAUGUUUCACAGCUCCUGGAUAGAAGAAUACAAGCUUAAACUUUACUCACUACUAUAUGAUCUUUACAGUGACUGAUCUCAAGAAUAAAUGAAGUGCCAAUAUUUAAAUUGCUUGUGGUUAUAGCAACAGACUGCCUAUAAAUUGGCUCAGAUGGUUUUACCAUGGAAGCCCUAUGAUUUUGGUUAUACUAGUUGGCCACAGAUAGAGGAUUUCAUAUCAAAAACAGCCCUACCGGAGAGCAAUCACCUGCAGGUCGCAAUCAAUUCUGGUGGUCUUCCUACACCAACACUGUACAACAUAUGAUGGCGUCUUCAGUCCCUUUUGUAUCACAAGAAGAAUUCAAGAUAUUUCAUGAAAUUGACAGGGAGUUAUACACGAUCCUUGCCAUUAAUUUAUGGCGGGAUCCUGUGGAAUCUAUGCAGGUUAUAGCUUUAUUUCUCUGGUUGGAGCGAGCAGGCUUUACCAAUGUUGUAAAGAAGAUAUUAUCCUUGCCGUACACAUUGAUAAAUGAGCUAGCAGAUGAGGCAGUCACAUGCCUGAACAUCAUUAACAACAAUCAAUUUCCUUGCUUGUCUGAGAAUAAUGAUCUUCCUGUGAUGCAGUGCUUGAUGGCCAAAGAAAUCUCUCUGAGUUUUUUUUACAACAAUCGGGAAUAUGCAACUCAAGGGGUCACAAAAAUUGCAAGCGAAGUGUGCAUUAGAGCCUUGGCUGACAUCAUGCAACGAGCCAUUGAGAGAAAUGCUGCUCAAAGCGUAACAGAGAGCCAGAAGAUGAUAGGGAAUUCUAUCCAGAAAUCCUUGGUUCAACCUGCAUAUCAGGUGACAUAUUGUCCGAAUGAAAUGACUCAGCCUUGGAUCCAACCAAAUGAGGUUCCACCAGAUGAUAGGACUAUGUUCGUUACUUUCUCCAAAGGGUAUCCAGUGAAUGAAAGAGAGGUAAGAGAAUUCUUCACAAGAUGUUAUGGGGAUUGUAUAGAGUCCUUGCACAUGCAGGAAGUUCAAUCAAGUGAGCAAUCCCUGUUUGCUCGUAUUGUUUUUCGCUCGUCAUCUAGCAUUGAUAUGAUUCUGAAUGGUAUGGGCAAGGUAAAGUUCACCAUUAAUGGGAAGCAUGUCUGGGUUCGGAAAUUUAUUCCAAAACGCCCAAAAUCCUUGCCGUCACCAUCACAGCUUCCAAGUCUGUAAUGUUCAUUGCAGUUUCGGAAGAUAUUGUUAGUUAUGUCAGUGUCAUUUUCCAUGAAUAAGUAGAUUACAUAAUCUGUGUUAUUUGAAUAUUAGAGUGGCAAUAUGCCAUGCUAGGCAAAGUAGUUUGGCUGGUUUAUGAGUUAAAUGAUACGUUCAGUUUGAAGUUUGGCCAAAUUCAGAUGCUAGUUUUCAGUUCAAUUUGUAGUCCUUGGAUUUUCUCCUUCAAAAUGACCAUAAAUGAGGGAGAUUAGGAUUCUGAAACUAAAUCCAAGCAAAGCAACAUCAAUUUGAAUAUCUUCAGCCUCUUUUUUGUAAUUAAGGAAGGUAGGUUUUCACAUGAAAUUUGCAAUCAAAUGUGGUAACCUCUUUAACCUAGAAAUGAAAUUUGGCAACAGGGUAAAUUUUACUCUUGAUUUUUUUCUUUCUGGAAAUAAAAUAAAUGACUUGCUAUGCUUCUAGCCAAACAACCAAAUCUAAAUUAAAUUGCAAUAAAUAUUACUUUAAAAAUAACUCUCUAGAAAUUGUACAUUAUUAAUAAGUUUAAUUCUUUUAUUAUUCAAUAAUAAAAAUAAAAAUAUUAAUUAAUAAAUUUCAAAAUAUCACCAGGACUUGGGUUCCAGUGCAGUCUCCACCAUGUCGUCUUCUAAAUCUAAAAUCUUGGAAACUCAGACCCAGACCCAGCAAAGACCUUUAUAGUUUUGAAUGGAGAAGAACCCACCUCGUGGGAUGAGCCAUACAGAAUAAAUUUGAUACCUUUGAGUUGUUUCUCAAGUCCAGAAAAGAAGUCGAGGGGUUACGAGUUGGUGUCAAGUUAGAGGUUCUCUCCUCUAGCUUUUACAAUUUUUUAGAACGAUUUUUGUUGUUUGAACUCUUAAAACAAACUUCUGGAGUAUAUUGGUUGUGGUUACUACUGGUGGAGAAAGUUGUUCUAAUUUUGAUUUUAGUUGUUUGGUUUUGUUUGAUGGGAAUUGAGAAUAAUAACAGAGUAUGGCAUCUCGAUGUAUGGACUUGUGUUGCUUGAGUUUCUUCAGUUAUGUAGGACUGUUGGCUUUCAUAUAAGGAUCCAACUUUUCUUGUUUAACCAUAAUAUUUUCUCUAUAUGUUUGUUCCUGUGCAAUACCAAUUUAUAUUUCGCCA